GACUUGACUUGACGUCUCCGUCGUCGGCCGAGCUACGGACGUAGUUCCGGAACGUGUUGCAUUAAGGCCUGGUGUUCUGCGGUGGUGUUUUGCGCGCCAUUGCCAAUUGAUUGCGUUCGAUCCAGCCAUCGUAGCCAGCGGCAGUCGUGCUCGUCGGGGGCGAGGAAGAUGAGGAGGCGUCGGGAUCGCGCGUGCCAAGAUUAUUGAAAGGUGCUAGCUCGUUUCCGUUGCCUCGGUAUCGCGCCGAGCGACGAUGCAGUGCCGCACAAGCGAGAAAGCUCCCUAUCUCCUCUCCGAUCCUGAGGAGAGACUCGCGAUUACCGUCGCCCGGAUUCCAACCCACUGACGCUCUUUCCGCUGGUUAGAUUCGUUGGCGCGAAUUCGUUCGUCUCGAGGCUCCUCGGCCUUUCUUCGUUUUAGGUUGAGCGAGCGGGAGGACUGGGGCUGGCGGGGCCGAGGAUGAGCCUCCUUCAGGCUCGCCCCAGCUUGCGAGUGCUGUAGGAAGAGCAGUGGCGUCGGCACUGGUCCGAGUUGGUGAUUUGCGGUAUAAGUGGCGGUAUCGGGGAUGUCAGGGGGCGAGAGGAAGAAGCGGUCCGGGGACCGUGGCCACGGUUGGGAGGAAGCUGGUGCAGAGUUUUACCAGGAGAGCUAUCCGGCAGCUGCCAUCGAGGCUGAUCUGCAGCAAGCGUUGCAGAGAGAUCCUUCGCAUAUAGCUACUUUGUUGCCUAGUAAAAAGUCACGCGUUGCCACAACUACUAAACGAGUGAGGCACGAACCACGCACUACUUUGAGAAGACGUACGAGCACUCGUUCCAGAUAUGCAACAAACACCGUGAGGCGAAUGUCGACGAAUAUUCAAGACGCUGCUGUGUCCAUGCUACCGGAUCUCUCUGAAAAUCUAUCCAACGAAGAGCGCACGUGGGAGGAAAUUAUGCAAAUCAAGGCAAUGCCCGUUUGUAUGGCUCAAAAAAUUCAACUAAAAAAUCAGUUACAGAGUGCGACGAAGCUGCGACUGCAGGGCUUCGAUCAGCUCAAGUGGCAACGCAGAAAAGCAUGGCAGACGUUCCGUGUAAGGGCGAAAGAAGCCUACUCGAAGCUAGAGCUCUGGAGUACGAGUCUGAAAAGAAUUGGUGGCAACUUGGGCAUGGGCAUAGUGGCCUACUUUCUAUUCAUCAAAUGGAUCCUCUUCUUAAAUCUGGGCCUAUUCGUCAUCGUAUUAGUCUUCCUAAUCCUGCCCACGAUACUCUUGGAUGUUCCAAGAAACGAGACAUGCAUUUCCAUCAACGACACUAACACUAUAUGCUGUCCGGAAUUGUAUUGGAACAAAUCUCAAGAUUUCCAGACUUUCAUGAAUUUCUUUCAAGGCAACAAUCUCUUUGAGUACAGUCUUUUAUUUUACGGGGCUUAUUCUUCUUCCACCUAUAUAAAUAGAGAGGGUAACUUUCGUUACAAUCUCCCAUUGGCUUACGUUUCCGUUAUGUCGACGAUUUUCAUAGCGAGUUUCGUAGCAAUAAUCAGAUCGGCAGUUAAAGGAUUUCGCGAGAGAGUCGUGGAAGGCGAGGGACAGUUUUAUCGUUACUGCAAUCUUGUGUUUGGUGGAUGGGACUACUGCGUCAAUAAUGAAAAGGCUUCGGAAAUGAAGCACAAGGCGCUGUACACGGAAAUAAAGGUUUCGCUGGAGUCCGAGAGAUUUGAGGAGGAACGUCAGAAUCGCACGAGGGAGGAGAAAUUCAAGCUGUGUAUGAUACGCAUCUUCGUCAAUGUCCUCGUGCUCCUUAUAUUGUGCUCUUGUGGGAUCUUCAUCUUUUAUAUCAUUCGCUUCUCCUUCGAUCGGGCCUACUCAGAAGGCAAAGCCAUGGAUCAACCGAGCUCGAACGACAUGACAAUCGAUACGAUUGACCAGAUAUUCUUCGAGUUUCUGCCUUACAUCAGUAUAGUUUUAUUAAAUAUCAUUGUGCCUGUUUUGUUUCGCCAUUUGAUUAGCCUUGAGAACUACAGUCCUCCCUUCGUCAUUAGGCUUAAUUUGUUUCGUACUAUAUUCUUGAGGCUAGCGUCACUAGCAGUCUUACUCAGCAGUUUCUAUAUUAGAAUUGUUAAGGAUGUCGACGAGGACGAGUGCACCAGCUCCCUGCGUCCUUUAUGUUGGGAAACCUUUGUGGGCCAGCAAUUUCUGAAGCUUUACCUUACCGAUCUCAUUGGCCAUUUCUUUAUGACAUUCUUUAUUAAUUUCCCAAGAUCUUUCAUAGGCAAGCAUUCGGAGAGUAAAUUUUUAAGAUACGUAGGCCAGCAGGAAUUUGAUUUGUCGAAGCACGUCUUGGAUAUUGUUUAUUUACAGACAAUCUGCUGGUUAGGUACGUUUUUCGUGCCCUUCCUACCUUUGUUCGCCAUAAUAGGCUCCUUCGUACUGUUUUAUAUUAAGAAAUUCGCUUGCCUUGUAAACUGUAAGCCCUCUAAUAAUAUUUAUCGAGCGAGCAGAGCUCAUUCGUUAUUUAUGCUCAUAUUAUUGGUCUGUUAUGUACUUAUUUCCAUUCCAAUUGGCUAUUCUAUCGUGAAGGUAAGUCCAUCAAAGGCCUGCGGACCUUUAAAAGGUCUCGAUACGUCCUGGAGUCUCAUAGUGGCUACAUUCUCUCAGCUGCCCAUUUGGCUACGCUCUGUUUUGUCUUUUCUCAGCACAGCGGGAUUUGGUGUUCCAGCCUUUUUGGCGCUUACUCUAUUGCUUUAUUAUUAUUACGCUGUGUCAAUGGCCAAUAAGAAUAUGGUAGCAGUUUUAAAAAAUCAAUUGGUAUUGGAGGGUCACGAUAAACAAUUUUUAUUAAAUAGACUGAGUGCUUUUAUCAAGCAGCAACAAGAGCAGACCAAAUACCAUCAGGAUCACAAUGACUUUACAUAAAUUUCUGUUCUCUCUUAUUCUUUCUCUCU